CCUCUCACUCCUGUUCACCUCUCCUCCCUCCUCCUCUUCCUCCUCGUAGAAACUCAGCAGCUCACUCCGCCGCGCUGCAGACGCGCUCACACGAGUUUCUUGUCGAUCACAGUAACUCUGUGGCAACAACUUCAGUUUCAGAAACUCCGUGUUGUCUCGAUGCCAUGCUGGAUUAAACCUAUUAACCUUUGUUACUCGGCCAAAGAUUUAUUUUACGCAAGCGCAGGUACAAUGACCGCAUUCUGCUGCAGAUCGACUGAUUAGAGGAGAGAGAUCAUUGUUUGAACUUUGACCUGUGGCCCUGAGCUUAGAUAGUGGAGAGGACAAUCUAGCACCAUGGAUAUCGGCAACGAUGUGGACCUGUCCAAUAAAAACAUCACCCCAUUGUGGAAGCGCCGCACAGACAAUUGUAAAAACACCCAGGACCCAAGCAAACCCAAACCGCGACCCCUCAGCUACCACAUUAAUGGGGUCAUGACGACAGACUUCCCUGUAGAGGAUAACAAGUGUUCCUUCACCUUGAGCCAACCGUCCGAGAGACUGAUGGUCACACCCCCGAGCUGGGGCAAGAACACCGUGGUGUUGAAGCACGUUCUGCAAAAACCCUCCAAGAAAACCAGAGUUGUUCGAAGCAUCAGCAUCGGACCCCUCUCCAGCGGACUCUUCUCACUGUCCAAGUUUAGGUCUGAGGACAGCAGAUCCAACUCACUGGACAAUAGAGUGUGUAAUGGAAACAUGGAGAAAACCAGUAAUGGAGUGACAGUAUGGCAGGAAAAGUGUCUCCAGGACCCCCAGAAACGCACAUCCAGCGUGUCCUGUGUGAGCUCACGGAAAGACCAGAUAGCAUUUGAGAUGAGUUCACCCCAAUCUGCUCCUCUUAACUCCUCUCCUGUCCUUUGUCCACGCACUCCCAACAACAACAACUUCCAUGAACUGUCUUCCCUUUCUUCUGCAUCCAGCCCGUCUCCUCCAGCUAGGCGUACCCCUACCCCCUCUCACAGUUCCACCUCCAGCAUCCCCUCCCUUUCAUCCCUCACCUCCUCAGACCCCCCUACCCCACGCUCUCCGUCACCCGCAGACAGAGGACAAAUGCCCCAUAGAGCGUCCUCAUUCUCUCCUGCCUCCUCACAGGACACCAGGCAUGCCUCUUCCUCUUCUUCCCUCUCCUCCACGUCUCCAUCACUCUCCCCGUCUAUCUCUCCCUCUCCCUCCAUCGUCCUCAGCACUAACAGCCCAGCUGCACUGAAGAUGGGCACCCAGCAGCUCAUUCCCAAGGGUUUAGCGUCGGAUAUUCGGCAGAGCAAAGCACCACCCUCUGAGCCGCAGGGCCAUGGUUUGGCAGGGCUGCUGGGGUUGGAUCAUUCCAAGCGAGCAGUGAAAGCUCUUAGCAUGGUGGAAACAGGAACCUACUUUUCUACAGGAGGGGUCCACAAUGAGGCGACGGAUGGGGAAAGUGAGAGCCCAGGGACUCUAAGAAGAGGUCUGAGGAGUACGUCCUACAGGAGAGCUGUUGUGAGUGGAGUAGACCUUGAGGUCCCAUCGCUAGAUCCAAAGGCCCUUCGGUUGUCACAGCUUGUCAUUAAAUGGCAGAACGAGGAUAAGCCAGAUUCACCAGUCAGCCCAGCAAGCCCUGGCACUGUAAGCCUCACUAGCCCUGGAUCAGCCAAGCCUGUGAGUCCUGGGACGCCAAAACUUGCAACCCCUGGGACACCCAAACUCUCCAGCCCCGGAACACCUAAACUUUCUACUCCUGGGACACCCAAACUUGUCAGCCCAAGGAUUUCAAAGCCUUUUGUCCUUGAGACAGAAAAGCCUACAAGCCCUGGAAAAAACAAGAGCCCAGAUAAGAGGAAAGUUUUGACCAGUCAGCGGACAUUUGACAGUGAGGAGGAAGAACUGUACCAGAACUACCAGGAAAAGGCUUUACAUAAUGAUUCAGAUGAGGAUGCUGAUUCCAAAGAGCCCAAACCCGAUAGUGGCAUUGUGAUGCAGUACAGACCUAUACGCACCUCCUGGAGCCAACUCAGUGUGGUCAAGAAAAGUGGUCUGUCUGACCGGAUGAGUCAAGAAGAACGCAAAAGACAAGAGGCCAUUUUUGAGGUGAUCUCGUCAGAGCACUCCUACCUCCACAGUCUGGAGAUCCUGAUCCGAAUGUUCAAGAACUCUGCGGAGCUCAGCGAGGCCAUGACCAAGACUGAACACCACCACCUCUUCUCCAACAUCACAGAUGUCUGUGAGGCAAGCAAAAAGUUUUUUAAGGAAUUGGAGGAAAAACACCAGCAGAACAUUGUGAUCGAUGACAUCAGUGACAUCGUGAACAAACAUGCUCAGUCAAACUUUGAUCCCUACGUCACGUACUGCUCCAAUGAGGUGUACCAGCAGAGAACCCUGCAGAGGCUGGUGUCCAAGAAUCCAGUUUUUAAGGAGGUGCUGACCAGGAUCGAGAGCCACCCAGAUUGCAGGAACCUCCCCAUGAUCUCCUUCCUCAUCCUGCCCAUGCAGAGAAUCACUCGCCUGCCUCUGCUCAUGGAUACAAUUUGUCAGAAGACACCAAAAGAUUCGGCACAGUAUGAGGAAUGUAAGACGGCUUUACAAGCAGUCAGCAAGGUGGUAAGGAAGUGUAAUGAGGGAGCUCGCACGAUGGAGAGAACCGAGAUGAUGUACACCAUCAACUCUCAGCUGGAGUUCAAGAUCAAGCCUUUCCCGCUCGUCUCAUCCUCCCGGUGGAUGGUAAAGAGAGGAGAACUGACUGCGUUUGUAGAGGACAACGGCAUCUUCCUCAAACGGACGUCGCGGCAACAAGUCUACUUCUUCCUCUUCAAUGACGUUUUCAUCGUCACCAGGAAGAAGAGCGAGGAGAGUUACACUGUGAUCGACUACGCUCUGAGGGACCAGAUCUGGGUGGGUCCCUGCCAGCCUGAGGACCUCAACCUGUCACCGGUCAGAAGCACCGCCAGCAUGCUGAGCUCACGGCAAGCCGGCGCCAACCAUCUUUUCCGCCUGUGUUUCCGUAGCAACCACUCGGGUGAAAAGGUGCCCAUGAUCCUGGGGACAGAGCUGCUGAAUGAGCGCGCUCGGUGGAUCAGCGCCUUGGGCCAAAACAUCAACAACAACAAGAGUCAGGACAGAACCAAUGUCAUGCAGGUGGAGGUGAUCAGAACUUACACAGCCAAGCAGCCAGACGAGUUGUCCCUGCAGGUGGCUGAUGUGGUGCUUGUCUCGCAGACUGUAGAAGACGGCUGGUAUGAAGGUGAGAGACUGCGAGACGGGGAAAGGGGGUGGUUCCUCGCUGAGUGUGCCCAGCCAAUCACGUGCCAGGCCACCAUUGAACGCAACAUGCAGAGGAUGGACCGCCUGCAGGGGUUGGAGACUAAUGUGUGAGCAGGAUAAGCCUAGUGCUUAAUGGACAGAGGGCUUUUCUCACCCUUUGACUCACAAGUGACCUGCAUUUCUAAGACGUGAACCCAAACAAGUUAGCUCAGUAAAAGCAUCAGUAAAGUGCCUUCAGGGACUAAGUGGAACAGGCUGCUGGACUCUUAACAGUGGGUUAAAGAUGAAGUCACAUUUUUUUGCUCGAUGUCUAAAUAUCAGGCACUCUGUCUGAGUUUCAAAGCAAAGACUUUUGAGGACAAACACAGCAGAAGAACAGAGAUGUCCUUAAUUACUGAUUGCUCCCUGUGUGGGUGGGAUGGCUUGACAGUGGGAUCUGUCACAUUCAUUAAUUCCCCGGUCGGGUAGAAAACUUCACACCCACUGCCGGAGUCACUGCUUUCAACACCCUGCUCUACAGAAUGACUGAUGGUGUAAAAUUUGUAAAUUUUGUUAUUUUUCAAGCAUAUUUUUUUUCAAGCAUAUUUUUGUUAUGUGCAAUGUAAUAACUGAGACUGCAAUAUCACUAUAGGAGGUAUAGAAGACCAAAUAGUGCGAGAAUGACAGCAGCCUGAUGUGUGCUCUGUUAACGGGGAUCAGGCCGUGUGAUUAUUAGGAGCUUUGACAGUAACUAUGAAGAUAUUGAUUGUUAAAGUGAUAAAAAGGCAGGACGGAGGGAUUGGCAGCUUCUUCACAGUGAGUGGGUUUGUGCAGAAACUCCUGUGAGUGCUUCAGUUGCAUUCAAUCGCAAAGGAGAAAAACAUGAAUGCUACUGGUCUGAAGUUCAAGGCACUUUGUGUUAAAGCUGCAGAUUGUAAAUCUUGUGAAAAUAACUGUCAAAUUUGCUGAAUCGGUCACUAUAUUCUGAAAGAAGUACGCUUGAUAUUAACAUGUCUCUUCUCCUCUUCCUACUGCCUCUAUGACACUUGUUAGAAUCUACCACAACACAUUUUAAAUUACCAAUCAGAGCCAAGGAAUCUCUGACACAGAUGUCAGGCAUUUCAAGUCAAAUCAUGCAGCACUGAACAAAUAUGAAUCAAGAUUCUGUUACUGCAUUGUCUGUUUCCCUACUCAGAUUUUUUCAGAGACAUAUUUAAGUGUACUGUUUAGCUGUAAAACAAGAAACUUUUUUACCCUGCCACCAUGUUGGAUGCAUGUGACUUAAGUAACAAGCCCCCAGGAACAGGGCUGUGCUUUAAAGCAAAUGUCACGUAGUGGGCAAAUGUGGACGUCAUGUGAUGCCUUUGUGUACCUUGACUUUUUUUCCCCCCAUAGACUUGGCAUCACAACCCCUGCAAAAUAACUCGUUUUACAAUCCUGAUUUGAUCCAUUCAGUCUGGUAACAUUUCAAAGUGUAAAAGAACCGCAUUAUUAAAUCAUUCAAGUUGGCCGAGGGCUAAUCGGAAGCUGACUGCUCGGCCAGCGGCAGUCUGCGCUUGCUCUGUGGGCCCAACAAUGUGGAGGAUGCGUUGAAUUUCAUACCACAGAAAUGUAGCUUUUAAUCGAGCAACUUUCACUGGAAUGAAAAGGUGCCCGCCUCCAACACUGUAUCAGUUCACAUUUGAGAUGAGAAAAGGCAAUGCAGUAACAGAAUCUUGAUUCAUGAUUAAUCACCGCUGCCUAAUUUGACCCCAGUUCACAGGCCGCGAUCGGCACGAUUGAGUUCUCGGCUCUUAUUGGUUGUUUUUAAUUUACAUGCAAGUCCAGGCAAUAGUUGUGUUUUUUUUUAAAUAAAAGGUACAAACUAUA